AGAACCUUGAACGCGAGUGCCCAGAGCGAGAGCCAGAGCCAGAGCUAGAGCCUCGAAAGUUGUCAACCCCAAAAUCAACAACCCCAGUGAAGUCCCAGCAACCACACCCACGAUCCCUCUCAACACCCGCAAACCUCUAGAAACGGUUCAUGAUUGUGCCCCAAGGGCCUGCCUUCUCCUAUGCUGGACCCACGGUCAUCUGAAGCCUGUCUGCGCCCAUUCUCGCAUCUCAACUAGCUUCUGUACUUGUACUGCUCCUGCUACGACACCGCAGUGCAUAGCUUAGCUCGCCCAGCACAUCCCACCUGCAUGUACAAUAACUAUGGCAGGGCCGCUGAGCAGCGAGAGCUUCCGUCUUCUCUGUGCAGACCUUGAGGCCAUCGCCGACCCCGAUGUACCAGAUGCUCUCUUGAAGCGGGUAUCUUUUCAACUAGAUGAGCUGCAGCCCGAGUUCAAGGCCCUGCUCGACAAAAAUGCCAAAAACACCGCCAGUCGGCAGAGCUUGGCUACAGGUGAUACUCCUCUACCUCGAACCCAUGGGGCAAAGCUAACAUGAUUUUGAAGGGAUCCUCGAGGUCUCUGGUGAUCAAUAUAAUAUCAAUUCCGAAUAUCAGCAAGAAGUGCUGCAGCUGGCCGAGGAUUUGAACCUGGACGAACUCGAAGCUGCCCGACUCUACUUCCAUUCACAAAGCAUAGCCGACGUCACAGGGGAAUCGGCCCGCACGACUUCGACGAUUGAAUUCCACCAGAGGCGGAGAUGGCUAUUAGACUGCCUACGGUUGCUAUUGCAAAACGCGGGGGAUGUCGACCAGGAUGAGCAACUACGAGCCGGUCUUCAGGACUAUGUUGACAGGCUUGUUGCGCCGCCUCUGGGUUCGAACACAAGACAAUACGCUGGGAAAUGUCUUUCGCGUAUGGCAGAUAUCAGAUCGUGGCUACAAGGUCUUGCGGACAGGCUGAAUACCGCAUCUGUUGUGAAACAAGGAUCACCAGAAUUUUUGAAAAUGGUAGAAUUCCAGCAAUCAAGUCUUGUUAUACAACACGAAUUACUUGGGGUGAUACUGGUAUAUCUGAUAAAGCAGAAUUAUUCUGUUUUGGUCGAUUUCGAGCUGUUACUAGCUACUCUAAAAAAAGUCGAUAAAUACGAUGAUCUUCUUCGUGAGCACGAACCCUUUCUUCAUUCCUAUAUUACCUCUAGACCGCGUUCGCAGAUCGUAAAAGAUCGUUUAUCUACACAAAUCUGUUUUAUAUUGUCGGCCCAACUGACGCAUCUAUAGUGCACUGCAUUCCGCCGCUUGGCGCCUUCAUAGCACGAUUUGGGGGUAUUGAAGGAGGUGGACACCUUGACGAAGCUAAGACAUUAAAUGAUAAGUUUUUUGGCCAGCUUGACCAAAAUACGUGGACGCUAAGCUACUUGCAUGCUGCUUUCCGAUCUUGGUGGUUAGCCGAGUAUAGCGGCUGGUAUGGCGAAAAUUCCGAUGUGCAAAUCGCGGCCAAUCGAUUAAAUGAAGGUCAGUUAACUAUCCUAGUGCUCCCUUUUACAUUACUAAGUAUUUUCACAGAAAACGAUCAGCGUUCUAGGCAGUUUACUGAAGCACUAAAAGACGGAGCUUUUGACUUCCUUCUCUGUGUUUCUGCAGACGCCAAACCUGUUGAAUGGCACGAUCCCGCUCGACAAGGUUUACGACAAUGGCUGCAGAGAAAAACCCCUGUGAUGUUGAGCGGUCCAGCUCCAUUCUUACCAUCCUUUCAAGGUGCGUUGAUGGAGCAAUUGGAAACAUUUAUCGAGGCAUUCAUCACAAACCUCCCGGAUGUUCUGCGAAAUCUACGAACUGAGGAAGACCAGCAGCGGCAACUCAACCAAGAUCAUGACCAUGACCUUGAUUUGGAAAGGUUUCUGGUUAUUACAUCUUUUGUCUUUGAGGGCCGACCAAAAGCAGCUUUGGAGGGGUUUUGGGAUGUUCGAGAUGGUGCUCUGAUGGGUUUUCUGCAUUGGGCCUCCAGACGUGCUUCGACCCCGCUAGUAACUACUUUUUGUGAGAUGCUUCAAUCAAUAUCGGAGGAUGAAGCUUGUGCUACCGCUGCCCAUGAAUUUCUCCUGGAUGAAGGAUCUCAGACUUCGGGCAAAAUGCGUAGGACCCAUUCGCUGUCAUGGAGUCAAAUUUUCAAGGAGCUCACCUACUUCUCAACCAGGAUUCGUGAUCGUCUAUCUGUGCCGCAGACUCAAACUUAUCGUCCAGGAAAGCCACACAGCGAUUUUGCUGAGGUAGAACCAGAACAAUCCUUGAUGCUCGAGUCCUAUCUACGAUUAAUUACUCGCCUUUGUUCAGAAAGCGGUGCCGUCCGGUCAUUUUUGGCUCAGCAUCCCUCCUUUCGAAUCACCGACUUGCUGUUUCAACUUGCCAGCAGUGCAAUUGGGCCUCGCUUGAGAGCAUGUGCCUUUUCUACCCUGCGAUCUCUUCUCAGCCAUAAAACGAAAGAAGCAGGAGAAUGUUUGUGGACGUCACUCGAUGUUUGGAUUUCGGGAGGUUAUGCCCCUGGGAAUUCCAAAAUUACUCCGUCUACCUCGGCCGCAAGUUCACCGUCUGCAAUGGGUGCAAUCUUGAAAGGCCUCACAUCUGGGUUUGAGGAGCCCAACGCCUUUGUUCAGCUUAUACAUGCCUUGGUCUCUCCGGAUGAUGAAGAGACCGCCUUACGUGACGGCUUGCCUUUCCCAGAAUCACUAGGAGCAGCAAGUCGAAUGCCUGGUAUAGACCCGUAUGUCGACUUUGCUGUCGGACAGGUCUUUGGUUCUCGAAUUCACGAGAUCGACGAGCCUAUCCAGCAAAGGUUGAUGAGGCUCACUUGCCUUGACUUUAUCGGUACAUGUUUGGGCUCGUUUAAUGAAGAUAUUGUCAUUUUUGGCAGUCAGUCAAAUGUUGCCGUCGACCUUGCGAUCAGUGCCUCAAAUCUAGAACACUAUGUUCUGUUGCAUCCAUUUUCGAGGGUGAUGGAAUGGAUGUAUAACGAUAAAGUUAUGGCAGCGCUGUUUGCAGCCAUUCACCAAGACCCUGCUGAGGUUGGUUCUGCUGCAUCGGAUUCCCCGUUAAUACUUUCUCUAUUACGAGGUAUUAACGUUGUCACUUUGAUCUUGGAACUUCAGUCCACCUACCUAGACAUCAUCAGACCCCUUAUCCGAUCCCAUCCAACCUUUCGACGUACCGCUGUUCCCAAUGCUGCAUUCACAUCCUUCGAGGAUGGUGUUCUUAGCAAUCUUUCCAUAGUCUCGGACUUGGGUUUAUACUGUGGGAAGCAUCCAGAACUUACUGUCGCUUCUCUCAAACUUUUGGAGAAGCUCUCGUCGUCUCCGAGACUUACCUCAGCCUCGAAUACCGGCAUUUCAAGAGGAGGAAACCGAAAUAAGGCAAUUGCUGCCAUUGAUAGUGACUCGGAAGAAAUUUCUAAACUACUGUUGGUUGAGAUGGAGGCCGAAGUCAACGUCAACAAGGGUCCUGAUUCCCAGGAGUACAUGAUUAAAAUCCGGAUUCUUGAUUUCUUGAUUUCUUGUCUCGAGGCGUCUCCAAAUAAACCCACCGUCGCCCAUCUUUUGCUGGGGUUUCAAUGCGGUGACGGUUCGGUGACUGUUGAUGGCGAGGGCCCGUUUGGGCGAGGAGUGUCUCUGUUCCAUACCAUACUCGGAGCCGUAGUGAACCCCAAUCUCACAGAUGAGCUUGGCAUAGCAUCUUGGCUCCUCACUCUAAGCCACAAAGCCUUACAAGUCCUCAAAGCAUUAUGGUCGUCACCACUCACUUCGGACCUAGUAAUGUUAGAAAUGCGUUCCAAUGACACAUUUUUCAUGCUGUUCAUUCAAGAGGAUGUUAUACAGCCUGGCACACUUUGGGACGGAAUGGAACUUGCAGAUCCUCAAUUUCCAAUUUCACCAUCAUCGUCCUGCCUGGCCAAGUUCAUGGGUCGUCGCGCGAUGAUUUUCCAGUAUUUAGCCACCGAACUUCGACAAAUUUCACAGAGCCAUUUGCCCUCAUUGAAAUCGAGGAUAUUUGAAACCUUGAUGGGAUCUACCAAGCUGGAUGAUGGUCAAAUGCGACCUCAUGCGGCAAUGUUCGAUUUGUUUGAUUUCAUGGAGCCUCAGUUUAACGAGCCGGAAGCGCCCGCGAAUUUGGCCUGGUUUCAUGAUAUCAAUCUAAAAGCUUGCUUGGAUAACCCCAACGACCCUGCAUCAACUUCAAAUCUAGUAAAGAUUGAAGAAAUUCUGUGUUUACGCCGAUCAGAGCUGUUUCAUACACAUCUACAAAAUGAUCCACAGGGGCUCCAAGCGGUAAACCAGGAAGCUCAGCAAAUCCUCGAUUUUUACGCAAUAGAUAACAAGGCCAAGAUUCUCUACGCCGCUCGCAUGAAAGUUUUGAGAGCUUGGAUCCAGUUGAUGCUUCUUAUGCUGGAAACCAACAACUUUGAUCGGGGUUCUAGGACAUCCACUCUGUUAAGAACUCUUCAGACCAUAAUGCCAAGACUCGAAAGUAAUUUGGAUAAUGUAGGUGAGGCAUUGGAACUGUCUAAGCUCGCAAAAUCCAUAAUCUUCCAUCUUGACUUUGAUGCUCAGUCUUUUAAUAAAGAUGAUAUGGGAGAUCUGGUCAGCGAUCGACUAUUCCACCUCUUCCAAGUAUCGCUGAAGGCAAUCAGCUCAUUGGGGUCGAAAGCGGAAUUGAAGCAGACUUUCUACGCGAUCAGUUAUCGAUAUUUGACCGGAAUGGCAGAUGCCACCGCAGGAUCAGGCCUCCAUCGUAGACACAGCAUUCAAACCAUCAAGUCCGCAGGUGAUCGAUUUAUCGAUGUUAUAUGCGAUGAUGCGCAUGCAAGUGAGUUUACAGGCAGAGUUGCUGCUUUGCUCAUUCUUGGGGCUUUGGUCAAGAUGGGAAAGCAUGAGAAUUCAAAAUACAUCAUUGAUUCCCUGACGCGGCUGAACUUCAUCUCACUCCUUGUUGGAUCUAUCGCCGAGGUUCCUAAUGAACUACGAGAGUCACCUGCUGAGCGUAUGUUCCUUCUCCUGAAAAUUCGAUACAUGAACUAACAAGAUCCAGACGUCGACAUCAUCCUUUCCUACGCCCACGCCCGUCUCGCCCUCCUCCUGCACAUCGCACAAACUCGAUACGGUGCCACGGCCGUUCUGGGCGUCGGUUUAUUCCACGCAAUCCAAGAAUCUGGGCUCUUCGUCAUCGACCCCGAUCUUGGCGUUGGUAAGUUAUCCCCUUUCUUUUCCAUCCAUUCUUUCCAUCUCACUCAUCACCAUUCUUUCUCUUCCUAACACCCGUUUCUAGACAUCGUAGGUCCUAACGCCCUUACGAAGCACUAUCUCCUCCUUACUUCCCUCAUGCGUCUUGUCCUCGCCUCAAUCCUUAGUCGCGGUGCCCAGAAUCAACAAACCCUCAACCUGGGCCGCUCCUUCCUCACAGAAAAUAAGCGCACUAUUAAUGAAGUGCUCAAGAAAUCUGCUGGGCUGGCUGGGACGAAUGGGGUGGAUGGGGAGACGGGACAGGUGCAGGAGGUUAUUGAUGAAUUGGCGGACUGUUUCAUGUUGUUGAUGUCCUUUACUGGGUUUAUUGAGGUGAGUUCAUUUCCUUCUUUCAAAGGGGUAGGAGAAGGUGGUGGGAUAAGUGCUAAUUCAUCUUGCAGGACGAAGAGACCCAGGGAAGGGCACCGAAGAGGAAGACUCUGACGGCUUUUACUUGAGCAAACCAUGCGAUGGAAUCUAGAGCGAUUUGCAUAUGGGCAUUUGAACACCCGGGAUUCAAUAAGUCAUGAGGAGCGUGUGAAGUAGGUUGACGCAUCAGGUGGGGAGUCGUGGAUAUAUAGGUUGAGAAUAAGUAGAGUAAUGAAGGUCUCAUGUCAUAUCCAAAGUUUAAUCGUAAAAGAUGAUCAACUAGCG